AUGUGGAUACAGGCAAUACAAGAAAGACCAGAUCUGAUUCCAUACUAUUAUAGCCUCCUGGAGGAGAACAAAACUUGUGAUGUGCGUCAUGCAGACUUUUACCUUAGUGAGACAUCUUCCUCGCUUCUAGCACAACACUUCUUUGCUGUUCAUGGAUCUAUGGCAUAUCCUGUACCAAACACAGUUUCAUCAGAUUUACUGACAGAAAUAAAAAGGGAAAUUAGUAAAAAACUGGUGAUGUGCAAUGAGGUCUUGAUUCAAGUGUUAUACAAGUCUGGUGUAGUGGAACCCCUGGAGACCAUUAUGUCAAAGGCUUCGACAAAGAAAUCAGCUAUUGUUCCUUUUGCAGAAUUGACUCCAGAAGAAAUUGAUGUUCUGCCGCAUGUUGAAAAGCGUAUGAAGUUGUGCAAGCCAGAAUUCUGCAUGGCUACUAUAGAUAUUUUAGAAUCUUCAGGAACUGCAAGUGUUGUAAAUUCAAAGGAUCUUGGUCAUUAUGACAUUCCACGCACUUUGUUGAGUGGCAAGAUAGAUCACCAUUGUGAAACACAUCAAAGGAAGUGUUUUUGCAGAGAAGCUUUGAUUGUGUUUAACAUCUUGUCUCUGCAAUCAGACAAGCUGUUACAAGGUAAGUUCAUUUAAUGAAAAGCAGAGAAAUUCAGCUCUGAACCCUCAGGGUGAAGAUUGAGAAACUAAGGCCUAUGAUGCAUCUGCUUAACUUUAACUCUUUACACCCUAACAUCAUUAUGCAUAUUCUCCAUACUGUUUACUGUACAUUUUCUAAGGUGCUGACAGGGAGAAUUUGUUUAAAAAUCAAGAGCUUCUUUAUUCGGUGAUCGUUUCCUUAAUUCUCAAAACCUUAAUGUUUGAUUCAGUGGUGACGUUGUGAGGAGAAAUUAGGUGUUAAUCACUCUUGGGGGUUAAAGGGUUAAGGAGUUAAUCGGCAAGCCGAGUGGCCCAUCUUGCCAGGAGCCAGUCUGGUUUCUUGAGAUGAUUCAUGAGGUGAUUGAAAAUCCCUGAUAUGUUUUCACCUUCUCUUGCACAGCAUUUUGAAUAUGUUUACAAGUGAUAAUUGAAUAAAUGGGGAUUUAGGAGAGGCAGCUCUUCAGGGUGACUGGAAAAACCCUGUUGCAUGGAUGAACUUGAUCCACAUUUGACAUCCUAUGUAGGAGCUAAACCUUUUCUACCAUCCCUACCCCCCCUUGGUGGUUCCUGGUGGAGCAUAAAGAGUCUUGCUCAAGUAGAAUAUACAAUGUGCAAACAAGGGUCUUGUUCCUCUUGACUGAGAGAGGGGUCAUUAUCACUACCUCCCUCUCAUUGUAAACCAACAGAUAAUAUAUUUUAUUAUACAUUGGACUUUCUAUGGAAAUCUCUGAUCGUACAAUAGCCUAUGUGUAGCUGUACCCUCCUACCCUAAGGAGGAAUGAUUUGUGUCAAGUUUUCACAUUUCUCCCGGGAGGAGGGGGGGGGGGGCCAGGAGACAGCUACACAUAAGCUAAGUGUUCUAGAGCAUUCAGUCAAUAUACAAUAGCAUGUGAAGUUGACAUGAUAACUGAAUAUCUGCAGCAGCAGUUAUUGGGUUAUCAUGUCCACUUCAAAAGUCUGCCUAGUUUCUAAGCCCUUUGUUCAUGCAGUGUUCUCAAACUUUUGCUAUCUCACAGAUUGCAGAUUGUUUGGAAAUAAAUGUAUAAUAAAAUAAUAAUUGAAUUCAGUUUUCACAUUGUGUCAAGAGUUAUCAAACCUUGCGUCUAUAUUAUCUGCCUCAGACUUCAGCUUCAGUUGAUAAUUCAGACCUUGGCACUGAUAAUUCAUAAUAUCAUGCCCAACCUCACCCUAUAGUUGCUUCUUCACUGUGCUUAUUUAUUUACUUAUUUUUUUCAUAUUUUUCUUGCAGCUGGAAAUAGGCUGUCAAACAACUGCAAUGACAGUUUUGUCAAACUGUUGGCAUCAUUAUCAAUGCAGGUUUGCGAACUGAACCCUCCAUUUUGCCAAGAUUUGCAUGAAGUUCCACAAUCCAUGCAAACGUCCCUAAACUUGUCAGUGACCAAGAAGAGAGAAGAGACUUUGCAGGUAUUAGUGUCCAAAGAGAUGACAUUGCAUAAUGGGAAGUUGAAAUUGGAACAUAAGCCAAUUGGCUAUUUCUACCACAGCUUGUUACAAAAUCUGUAACAUGAAUGAAAGGAAAAGCAGAAAUUGCUACUCCCUGUAGGUGUGAUGCCAGUACAUAGCAGGUUACAGGGAGCCCAGUAAUUCAAUAGCUUUCCUGGCCUAACCGUUCAUACUCUUGGGUCAAGACCGUUUUUUUAAACUUGCCUUGUGUAACAAGAAUUAAAACUUUGUUUACAUUUCAGAAAGAGAAGGAUUUUCUGAGCGCACAGCUUUCUGAAAGAGAUACAAGCCAUGCUCAGGAGCUCUUGAAACUUCAGUCAAAGAUUUCUGCCCUUGAGAAAGACCUGCUACUUCAACUAGUAAACUUGGUCAAUGUCGAGCAGGAGAUCAGUGAGAGAUGGAAGAAAUCUCUACAAGACUUGCACAUGGAAAUGUCUAACAAAACAACUGAUCUUGAAAGAGACAAGAUCUUCUACCAGGAAAGGUUAGCAGCUGCAGAGGAAGACGUGAAGAACCAGAAAAAGGCACACUCUCAUAAAGUAAGUAUUUUAAAUGACAUGAAUGAUAUUCUGCGGAAAAGACUUCCUGAUAAGUUUGAGAGGCUCUCCUAG